AUUAAGCAUGUCAGACAAAGCUGCUGCCGCUGCUCAGGCCAAAUCAAAGCACAGUCAUGCUGCCUCACAAGCACAGCCGGCGCCGCGCAAGGUGCGCUUCAACGUCGGCACCAACUACCAGGUGCUCGACGUAGUCGGCGAAGGAGCAUACGGUAUCGUCUGUUCCGCAGUCCACAAGCCCAGCGGCCGAAAGGUCGCCAUUAAGAAGAUUGCCCCCUUCGACCACUCAAUGUUCUGUCUGCGUACACUACGAGAGCUGAAGCUCCUCAAGUUCCUCAGCGAGGCGGGUGUCUCUGAGAACAUCAUCUCCAUCCUAGACAUCAUCAAACCACGAUCGAUAGAAGACUUCAAGGAGGUCUACCUGAUCCAAGAGCUCAUGGAAACCGACAUGCACCGUGUCAUCCGGACACAAGACCUCUCUGACGACCACGCUCAAUAUUUCAUUUACCAGACUCUGCGCGCGCUGAAGGCACUUCAUUCUGCAGAUGUCAUUCACCGAGAUCUUAAGCCCUCCAACCUGUUGCUAAACGCGAAUUGUGACCUGAAGGUCUGCGACUUUGGCUUGGCGCGAUCAGUUAAGACCGCUGAGCCGAGCGGCACGGAGACUGGUUUCAUGACCGAGUACGUAGCGACACGGUGGUACCGUGCGCCGGAGAUUAUGUUAACGUUCAAGCAAUACACAAAGGCAAUUGACAUCUGGUCGGUUGGUUGUAUCUUGGCUGAGAUGCUCUCGGGCAAACCACUCUUCCCUGGACGGGACUACCAUCACCAGCUCACCCUGAUCUUGGACGUGCUCGGCACACCUACCCUAGACGAAUUCUACGCGAUUACGACACGUCGAUCCCGAGAUUACAUCCGGGCACUGCCGUUCCGGAAGCGGAAGCCCUUCGCGACCAUUUUCCCUAACGCUAGCCCUCUGGCUGUGGAUUUCCUGACCAGGAGUUUGACAUUCGACCCGAAGAAGCGUAUCACGGUCGAAGAAGCCCUCGCUCACCCUUACCUUGAGGCAUAUCACGAUCCCGAUGAUGAGCCUUGCGCUCCUCCGCUUGACCCGGAAUUCUUCGAAUUCGAUCUCCACAAGGACGAUAUCAGCCGCGAGCAGCUCAAAGAGCUGCUAUACGAGGAAAUCAUGUCCUUCCGCCCGCCUCCCAUUGUGUAAACUUUCUCACUUCUCUGAGUGUAAUUUUCGUGUGCUAGUAUCUGGUUUUCGUUUUCUCUAUCAGCAUGUGUGGAUCUAUACGCUCUUCGGCCGGUAGCUACUCACAGGUUGAGUCGCUUAUGACUCGUAAAAC